UUGAGAAUUGAAAAAGGCGAAGCAAGGGGAGUGAUAAAAGCCGGCUAAGAUGGGAUUAGUGAGUUACACGUGUUACGUCCCUUUCCAAUGCAAGCUAUUAAUGAAUGAGUUAAGAUGGCCCCAUCCGCGUGUGAAUACAUUUUGGGCGCGAUUAGAAGGGAUUAGGGUUUAAGACUAGGGCUUCUAGCCUAUCCAAGAUUUGGAAAUAAGAGAAGAAAUCCGAGAUAAUCGUCGUAUAGGAAGAAGGCGCAUGGAGACGAAGAAGACACUACCAUAUCUGCCUGAAGAUUUAAUCAUCAAAAUCCUAUUGAGGUUGCAAGUGAAAUCUCUUAUACGUUUCAAGUGCAUUUGUAAGUCAUGGUUAACUCUUAUCUCUGAUGCUCAUUUUGCAAAUUCACAUUUUGAAAUUAUGGCCGCAACACACACUCAUAGAAUUAUGUUCAUAUCAACUUCACCUCCUCAUCAAACUCAAUCUAUAGAUUUUGAGUCAUCGUUACGUUCUGCUUCACCGAACCUUAAUUUUCUGCUUCCCCAAACUCAUUCAGAUCUUAAAAUUAAAGGUUCAUGUAGAGGGUUUAUACUUUUGCGCUGUUCUUCAGAAUUCCACAUAUGGAAUCCAUCCACUGGACUUCACAAACAAAUACCUUUGUCUACCAACGAUUCAUAUUUAGAUAUCAAAUGUUUAUGUUAUCUAUAUGGUUUUGGGUAUGAUCAGUCAACAAAUGAUUACUUGGUGGUUUCAAUGUCCUAUUCCUAUGUACAUGAUACAGCCACAGAUUAUAUUGUAUCACAUUUGGAGUUUUUCUCAUUGAGAGAUAAUACAUGGAAAGAAAUUGAGGGUACUCUCUUCCCUUAUCUGAAUUUCUCUGAUGGUCCACCAGUAGGAUCGCUCUUUAAAGAGGUUAUUCAUUGGUUGGUUUUUCGUGUUGAUAUAUCAAUGUAUGUUAUUGUUGCUUUUGAUUUAAUGGAAAGGAAACUUUUAGAUAUGCAUCUUCCAGAUGAGUUUGACGGUGAACAUGACUAUACUGGUUUGUGGGUAUUUGGAGAAUUUCUGAGUGUAUGGGCUAUGGACUGUGAUGACAAUAAAUUUGAAAUAUGGGUGAUGAAAGAAUACAAAGUGCAUUCGUCUUGGACUAAGACUCAUGUUAUUUCUUUAGAUGGUAUUCCCAUUAAUUCCCCUUUGUGCUCUACAAAAAGUGGUGAUAUUAUUGGAACAUAUGAUAGUGCUGAACUGAUUAAGUAUAAUGACAAAGGAGAAUUUCUAGAGCAUACAGCCUAUUGUAACGAUUCAGGCACAUCCCAAAUGGCUCUGUAUGUCGAAUCUCUACUUUCACUCCCUGCUGCCAAUGAACAAGCUUAAGAAGAUGACACAAACAAGCAGAAGAAUGAGGCUGUGAAAUAUUCUCCUUAACCAUUUUCUUGAUAUUUAUAAUUAUAUUGUAUUAUGUACUCUUGUGUGACAGAAUUUGUAGGGUAAUAUGUGUUGUACUGCAUUUGUAGGGUAUGUCA